CAGGCCAACACUUGGGUGGUGCUCCGGGGCCUGGAGCCAGGGGUGAGGCACCACAUCCAGCUGUGCAGCAAGCCCGACGGUACCUCCAUGGACGGCGUCUGGGGGCCCUGGUGGCAGGCUCUGGCUGCAGAGACCCCCCACUCCUCCGAAGACAUCGGGCUGUGCUGCAGAACCCCUUACCUGAGGCACGUGGGCUGUGAGUGGAGCUGGGACCCUGCAGAGCCCCACAGCUCCUACCAGCUCUUCUACCAGCCACCUCUGAGCGGGGCUGGCACAAGGGAAGAUGUAUGGCAACAGUGCGAGGAGGUAAGCAGGGGGGCACAGGGCACCUAUGCCUGCACCUUCCAGCCCAAGGCUGGCAGUGCCAUCUCUGUCCUGGUGAAUGUCACCAGGACCCACAUGCUGCGCACACUCAGCUACUUCAAGGAGCCCUGACUGCACCAGGCUGUGCUCACAGAUGCCCCACAGCUUGUGCAGGCAACAGUGUUGCAGGGCCGGCUGAGCUUGCAGUGGCUGCCGCCCCUGGAGCUGCCUGCAGAGCAGCUGGACUACCAGGUCCGCUAUGCCAUGGAGAACAGCCAUGACUGGAAGGUCCUGCAGGUUCUGCGAGCAGCGAGAAAAGAGGUCCUGGACCUGCGGCCAGGCUCCCGCUACCCCGCACAGGUGCGGGCCCACCCUAGUGGGCCGUGGUACCGGGGCAGCUGGAGCGCUGGGCCCAAACCCGUUGUGGUUGAUGCCGUGGCCGAUGCGGGUAAGGGCAACAUGAGGCAGAAACUCUGGCCGCCCGUUCCUGAGCUGCACCAUGAUCUGGGCAGCUUCCUCCAGGAAAGCAGCAAGCACGGCCAGGUGAGCCAUGCCUUCGACAAGCAGCUGCUGGAGGAGGCCGCCCUACCCUGCCUGCUAGAGGUGCUGCCCGGCCCGCGGCGUGAGGCGGGCCCGCCGCUGGAGCACGCUGGGGGCCGCCUGUCCAGCACCGACAUCGCCAACCAGUCCUACCUGCUCAUGAGCAGCUGGGAGCCGCGGGCAGCCACGACCGCCCCCACCCCGCCAUAA